CAAGGAGAGAUCGGUCGUAUCUAUGUUGCUUUAUGAGUAUUGAUUGAACUGUUGUUUCUGAUUUUCUUGGAUGAAUUGCUAUUCUUGCUUUUCUGGGAUGGAUAGGUCUUUUGGAUACGACUUAGGCAGUUGGGAGAAGUCCAUGAUGGGUUACUAAUUUGCUAGUGUCUGCUAUCAAAUUUUUGCUUUAUGAUUAAGAACUUUUAUUUUACAGUUUCAAUUACUAAUGGUUAAAUUGGUAUCUUGAGGAUGCAGUUUAGGACACCAUUCAUAGUCACCACAACGCUGAAUGACUGCUGAUUUAUGGACACAGGUCCUCUCAGCUUUUGCACUCCAUCACUAUUAGAGGCCCAUGGCGCUUCUACACAGACAAUCUUGGCUUCAAGAGAUAAUGGAGAUGGUGGCUGUGAAGGACCGACUCCAUCAUCCUAGCUGUUCUCCUUGCAAUUCGGGCUUGUAUAUACGGCUCCAAAAUAGUAAUGGUGGUAAAAUCAUGGCAUUUGUUUCAGAAACUGUUUACAGAUUCCUGAAUGGAUUUCGUUCGAUAUUCAUCUAUAAGAAACACAUUUAACUUUGGAACCUGCAUUUUGGGGCUCACAGAGAUUGUGUAGAGUUCCGGAAUCGCACUCAAAACUCACAGGUACGUAUUCAGCUUUCCAGAGGAAAUGGUGCAUAGUUCAGCUCAAAGGAAAAGGAGAAAAGAGGCACAAGAGUUAUAUUAAAACUACUGUUAUUAUUGCAAUUGUUGAAUACUGAUGUUAAAGAAGGUAAGCUUGAGCACUCUGCAUAGUGACCUGCUUUUGUUUCGGUCUUACCUUAGCCUUGAAAGCACUUCUCAAAUAUGCUGCAGUUCAUGAAGAACCUGCAAAGAAAAUCCAUGUACACAGAGAUGUGAAGAUCCAGAAUCAGCAAUGGGAGAAAGCGUUUGAGACGCCGAAAGGAGAAGAAGACUAUACUGUAAGAAUCUGGACGUCUGUGAUUCUUCUUCUACCUCUCCAGCUUCUGUUACUUCAGUUUUUGCUUCCACUUUACCACUUUCUUCUGCUGUUGUCGCGGCUACCAUCCCUAUCCUCUUCCCAUAGCAAGACAAAAAGCCGCAAAUGUUUCUCGUCUUUCAAGGCAGUUGACCUGCUUUCAGACUGGUUCUUCACCCUGCCCAAAUUUUUUAUCAUCCAAGUUCCCUGUAGGUUGUUCAAGCACUGCAAUUCACCAAUACUAGCAGUACUAGCUGUACGAAUAGGCAUGCAUGUCAAUGGGGGACACCCAUCAUUAUCUAGAUCAUAAGUAUGGAACAGCUUUGCGAUAUGUAUCGGUAGUUGUUCAGGCUCCUCGCAAUACGAUAGUUUAAGUACUUGCAAAUUUACUAGCUCCAUAAUCUCCUCUGGCGGCACCUUCAUCAUAUUGCGACUGAGAUCGAGACAUCUCAGGCUUCAAUUUGUGAAGGGUAGUUGACACCGUUGACAUAAAAAAAUGAGUCUUUUUUUUUGGAGUCAAAGUCUUUCUUUAUAUUUGGCUGUUUCAAAGGAAAAAGAUUUCUCACCCACCCACCCACUUCAUCUUCUUGUUGUUCGGCUAUUUCAAGAAAAAGACCUCCCACCUACCUACAUCCUUCUUCACAUCAAACAAUUACCGUAUAUUUUCUUUGCAAAACUUUUAAACCCCUUCCCAAUUCCCUCUACUCUACCCUUCCUAGUACGCUAAAACCAUCUACGAAUCUUUUCAGAAAAUGGCGGAAGCAGCACUGUUCAACAUUGCCGGGGCGGUCCUCAACCUGCUGGGCUCCAAAGUCCUCCAAGAGGCUGCCCUCUUAUGGGGAAUGGGAGACGACAUCAAUAAACUAAAACUCACUCUUUCCUCCAUCCAAGCUGUUCUACUAGAUGCAGAGGAGCAGUCCCAUGCUCCCCAAAGCCAUCAGCUUCGGCUCUGGCUCAAGGAGCUGCGACAGGUUGUUUAUAGAUCUGAAGACUUGCUCGAUGACUUCUCCACUGAAGUGCGGCGGCGUCAAGGGACCGCUGCGGCCACCGAGAAGAUCUCGAAAGAGGUAAAGAAUUUCUUUUCGAGCUCGAACCAAGUUGCUUAUGGUUUGAAAAUUGUUCAUGGAAUUCAAGAUAUUAGAGCUAAGCUAGAUGAGAUUGCCAAAAGGAGAGAUAUGUUCCAUUUGGAAGUGCGUCCUGUUGAGUCAAUGGCUAGGAAGCUCAGGGAACAGACUCACUCCGAUGUUCCGGAAGUGGUUGUUGGGAGAGAGAAUGACAAGAAAAGAGUAAUGGAGCAGCUUUUGCUUCCGCUGUCUCAACCUAAGGAAAAUGUUUCAGUUGUCUCGAUUGUUGGGAUUGGAGGGUUGGGCAAAACUACACUUGCUCAAUUGUUGUACAAUGAUGAGACAGUUAAAUCUCAUUUCGAGGUAAAAGCUUGGGUGUGUGUUUCAGACAACUUUGAUGUUAAGCGGGUAGUUGAGAAGAUUAUCGAGUCUUGUACUAAGAGGAAGCCGGAGAAGGACCUUGAGAUGGAUACUUUGCGGGCACAGCUGCAUGAAAAUGUGAAUGGAAAAAAGUACUUGAUUGUGUUGGAUGAUGUCUGGAAUGAGGAUAGGGAGAAAUGGAGUCGUUUGAAGGGCUUGUUGAAGAGCGGUGCAAAGGGGAGCUGUGUGAUGAUAACCACACGACUACUCAGUGUUGCAAAGCUAGCUGCAACAAAGGGGGUGGAGCCAAAUGAACUGAAGGGUCUAGACAAUAUCGACUCGUGGUCUUUGUUUCGAGAAAUAGCAUUUGAUGGAGGGGAAGCGACAAGUGGGAUAUUUGAGUUGAUGGGAAGGGAGAUUUUGGAGAAGUGCAAGGGGGUUCCUUUGGCGAUCAAAACCGUUGCCGGUGCAUUGCUUUUCAAGGAGAGUGAAUCUGAGUGGGUUGCAUUCAAGAGCAAAGGGAUGUGCGAAAUGGAUGAGAGUGAGAAUGAUAUCAUGUCAACUCUAAAGCUGAGUUACGACCACUUGCCCACACAUUUGAAACAUUGCUUUGCCUAUUGUUGUCUGUUUCCAAAGGAUCACAACAUCGAUGUUGAGACACUAAUACAUCUUUGGAUCGCACAAGGGUUCAUUCAGUCAUCUGAUCCGUCUAACCAUUUUGAUAUUGGUAUUGGAUACUUUAAAGACCUUCUUUGGAGGUCUUUUUUUCAGGAGGCAAAAAAGGGUGAACAUGGAGAUAUAAUAUGGUGCAAGAUGCAUGAUCUAAUGCAUGAUUUGGCUACCAAAGUUGCAGGGGAGGAGAUUGCCACUUUGGCUGUUUGGAAUUCACAAGAUCUCCUGAGUUUUGAUUCCCAAUUGAGAGUAACACGACAUGUUUCAUUAGAUUUACGGGUAUAUGAUUUCUUCGAAGAAUUUUGUGAGGUUUACUCCUCUGCUGCUAACACUGCAGAUGCAAAUAAACUACGGACACUUAUAGUUAAAGAUGCUUCACAUAUCAAUGAACUCCAGGGAGUUAUCUUUUCCAAUACAACAAGCUUGAGGGCAUUGGAUCUCAGUCAUCUGUGGGUCUCGAUGGUGUCAGACGCCAUUCACACAUUGAAGCAUCUGAAAUAUUUUGAUCUCAGUUACAACCAAGUGUUAAAGGUGUUGCCGGAGGAGAUUACCGAGCUAGUAAAUUUGGAAGUGCUCAAGCUAGAACAUUGCAAGGUACUUGAACAACUGCCAAAAGGUAUUGGAAAGUUGUCUUGUCUUUUCCAUCUUGGUCUUGAUAGAUGUGUCAAAUUGAAAUCCAUGCCACCUGGAAUCGGGAAGCUAUGUUAUUUAAGAAAGUUACCAAUGUUCAUUAUAGCACAUGGUGACGAUGAAUCUACUAGUGCAUCAAUAGCCGGGAUUGGUGAAUUGCGGAACUUAAACAACCUAAGGGGAAGCUUGAUGAUUGUAAAUCUGAGGGAUGUGAAGAACCCAUUAGAAGGCAAGUUGGCUAAUUUGAAAGACAAGCAACAUUUGGAAGAGCUGGUGUUGGUAUGGGAAGUGAGGGGGCUUGGUGUUGUUAGUGAUGCGAAAGCUGAAGGGAAGUUAUUAGAAGCGUUGCGUCCGAACCGCAAUUUAAAGAAUUUAGGGCUGUCGUAUAAUUAUGGGUUUGAGUGUCCGAGUUGGCUUCCUUCUAUGAUGAGUUUGGUGAAGCUUGACAUCAGUUCUUGUCUGAACUGGAAGUGCCUCCUGUCAUUGGAUCAACUACCUUUCCUUGCACAACUGUCCCUUCAGGACAUGGAGUCCCUGGAAUACAUAGAAUGUGGGGUGGCCACCUCAUCUUCGUCAUGCUGCUCCUUUUUUCCUUCUCUCAAGUCUUUAAUCCUCAAAGGGUGUCCUAAAUUUAAGGGAUGGUUGACUCCUUGGACAGCUGAUGAAGCAGUAGUGUUGCAGUUUCCAAGUGUUUCUGAAGUGGAGAUAUCAGGUUGCGGUAGCAUCACUUCCAUUCCCUAUUUCUCCCGAGAAUUGCAAAGUUUGGAAUUCAGAGGUGGGAGCAAAGAGUUGUUGAAGCAAAUUCUGAGGAUGUCGCCCUCUUUAUCUUCCCUUCCUCCUCAGUCUCGCCUCUGCCGCCUGUUUAUCUUUGAGGUGCUGGAUCUAGAUAUCCUGCCAAAUGAGAUACUCCCACGUCUUUCUUCUUCUUCUCUGGAAAGGCUAACUAUCAGAUAUUGUCCGGAGCUAAGGACUCUGUAUCCAGCAUUGCCGCAUCACCUCACUUCUGUCCAAAGUCUUGAUAUCGGCAGAUGUGAGAAACUUGAUCUGUGUGGUGGUGAUGAUGAUGAAAUGAUGCAGCAGCAGUUCCACGGUGGUGUCCUCCUAUCAAGCCUUUUGCAGGUCCACUUUCACAAAAUUCCAAAAUUGAGUCACCUCCCAGAGUGGCUUCAACUUGCCCCAGAAUUGUUGGGGAUUCGGGUUGAUGAUUGCCCCAUCGCAUACUUGCCAGAGUGGAUGCCCAAACUAGUACGGUUGCAUGACUUGACAAUCGAUCCCUAUGUGAAAUCUGCUAGCCAAUGUGUGGAGCAAGACUGGCCCAAGAUUGCUCACAUCGCAGAUAUUGAUAUAAAUGACUUAGUUAUCCAAGAGGGUGGCCACCUGGUAGCAUUGGAGGAGCUGGCAGCAUUAGAAGAAGAUUCCGAAGAAGAAGAACAAGACGAUGUCAAUGAUGAUGAUGAGGAUAAUGAAGCAGAACAAGUAAAGGAAGAGAGCAGAGCAGAAAAAGAAGAUGAUACAUCCAGACUACUAUUGUUCUUUAUGGAUUGCAUGACGAGGCUGACGACAUGUUGUAGCAUAUUCCUGAGAUGUUUUGAAGACAGAAGCAACUCAUAAUAUAGAAAAUCUAGCGCUCACCACACAAGUUGCAGCAUCAACAGCUCCAUGGUGCGUUUUUAUUUCUCCCAAGCAUCUUAAUAAUUCUUUCGUCAAAACGAUUCUGGAAUUGGGUUUCUCUCUGCCGUUUCUGAUCUUGCCAUUUUCAUAUACAGAUUACAGGGUUUCGUUUUUAGAAUGCGAUGCUGUCUAUUUGGAACUCUUGUAUUUGGAUGGGGUGGGGUACUAGCAGUAUUAAUCUCAGUAUGGCAUGCAUGUCAAUGAUGGACACCCAUCAUUAUCCAGAUGAUAAAUACGGGGCAGCUUCCCGAUACCUUUUGGCAGUUGCGCGAUCCAAAGUUGUAUAGGUGACUUAAUGUCAAUAAAAUAAUCUUUUAACUGACAAUAACAACACUUAAUUCUACUGUAGAUCACGAAAUUGCUUUUAUAACUAGUGUGUUUCUCUCCAAUUUAUUCUAACGAAGGUGUUACGCCAAACCUAGGCGAGAUCAGAACAAAAGUGAAACAGAAAAGUCAAAACACGGUGCCGUGACUACCAAGUAAGAUGGGCUUGAGUACUGAUAUCCACAAGGAGCAGGUCGUAAUACUGAAGGGCUUUUGAUUGGAGGUUCAAAUGGUACUACAUAUGAAAGCUUCAGCGAGCGGGUAUGUUGUUCUUCUUCAGUCAUAAGUAGUAUUGCCAGUGAUCUUAACAUGUUUCAGCAUCUUAAUUCGAACUGAUAAUGAACAAAAAUGGUUUCUGUACUGCUGUGAAAUGUGCAUCUCUGUUACUUUUCUUUCUGAGCAGCUGAGAUGUUAGUUUCUUCUUUCCAAUAUACUGCAACCUGUAAAAGAGAAUGGAUUUGUGAAUUGCUGUAUGAAACCAUUUGCUUUCCUGUCUCAUACUAGCUUCUUGAUGGAUUCGAGUGUUUGGUUUGGUUACAAGUGCAUUUACAUGCGAUGUAGAUGAAAUCCAUGACAUGUCUAGUCACCUUCAUGAUUCAAGCCCUUGUAGCUUCCUGUUUAUCUUUCCUGUGUGGAGCGAUCAUAUCUAGGUUGCUUUAUGAGUAUUGAUUGAACUGUUGUUAGUGAUUUCCUUGGAUAAAUUGCUGUUUCUUGCUUGUCUUGAAUGAAUUGGUGUUUUGGAUACUACUUUCGGCAGUUGGGAGACUGUGAUGGGUUUAGCUUUACAGUUCUGUUGUCGUAUUUUGGUAUUAUGCUUUAUGGUUUCAUUUGGGAACCAUUCCUUUUUGUAUCAAGUUUUUGCUUCAUGAUUCAGAACUUUGUUGGUAUUAUAUGCUAGUUUUCAGAUGCGUUUCUCAUAUUCUAUGGUUGUCUUUAGUCAUCACUAAUAUUUAAAUUGUUGUCCUGAGGAUGCAGAGCAAGAAGCAUAUGCUGCAGCUCCAUGACGCCGUCCUGGCAAGCCUAUUGAGGUUGCUCUUGAAGCAAUUCUGAAGUUGACUUCUCUCCCAGAAUGGCUUCAACUUGUGCCAAGCUUGAAAGUGAUUUGGAUGACAGAUUGCUCCAUCUCUUGUUACGCCAGAGUGGAUCCCAAUUUCACACACUUACAAGACUUGACAAUGGCGGAAGCCUCCCUGUACAGCAUUGCCCACAAACUCCUGAAGGAGCUCGGUUCCAUAGUCAUACAAGAGUCGGCUCUCUAAUGUGCUACCUAUGAUGACAUUCGGCUCUAAAUACAGCUUCAAAAUUGUGAUGGUGGUGAAAUCCAUGGCAGUUUAGAAACUGUGUACAGAUUCCUGAAAAGAUUUCGUUUGAGGUUCAUCUUUAAGCAACAUAUUUAACUUUGGAACCUGGAUUUUGGGGCUUAAAGAGAUUGCGUAGAGUUUCUGAAUCGCACUAAAAACUCACUCACAGGUAUAAAUUUUGUUGCAGGUUCUUCGUUAUGAACUGUGGCAUGAUUGGGAGAUGCUUUCAAGGACAAGUCAAGAUUUUUGAAAGAAAACCAAAAGCAUAUACAGAUGUACUUAGACCAAAGCAGCAGCAGCAGGUGAUGGAUAAUGCAAAGCAUAGAGCUCAUGGUGCAAUGAAAAUUGGGUAAUAAUUAAUAAACACUUGUUUGUUUAUGAUUACUUGUCUUCCCCAUAUACUGAGACUCAAAAAUGCCCAAAGAAGUUUGUUACUGUCCUGAAUAUUUUGUUGCUUCCUUUUUGGCUUAACAACGGUUGUGUUACGUGUCUGGGUGCCUACUGUUGUGAUCUUAGCUCGACUCUUGCACUCAUAUCAAAAUCAAGUGAAGUAGUUUAGAUGUCCUUGUGAAGAGCUUUGUGUUUGGUUCCCUUUUGCAAAUUUUAGUGUGACCGCAACUUCAGUUUAACAUCUGCUCCUGUGUUUGGUUUUUGUUGCAGGUUCUUUAUGAAUUUGUAGCAAACUUCGGGAAGCAUUUCCAAGGCUAGGAUGAGACGAAGCUCAUGUUUGCAUCACAGGGGUGGAUCUUUCCCAGUUUCUCUUGGCCUCAAAAUCAGAGUAGCUUUACUUGGUUUAUUCUGCUUAUAUGGAUCUAGAAAUGUCAAAUGUUUCCGUUACUGCUAUGAAUUGUCUGUUAGCUCUAUUAGCCAUUAGGCUAAAAUGUCAUGUUUGUCUGGAAACAAAAUUCUGUACUUGUGACGUUACUGUGUUUUGUGCCCCAUUAUAUGCUGAUGUUAUCGCUGUGAUCUUAGUUUGUCUGUGUUGUUCCAAAGUAGGAAAUGAUAUGAUUUUAGUAUUUUACAGUGCUGUUCCAGUUCUGUUUCUCUGUGUAAGAUCUCCCAAAUACAUUGCUUAAAUCAUCAAGUAUGGAUGGCUGCUUUUCACUAUUAAACGAGGAAGCAGAGGUUCAGUGAUGUGGUAACUACUCACCUUAUUUUCUGCCUACUUAACUAGACUGAAAUGCCGAACAGUGGUUCAUGUUACUGUUAUGAAUCUUCUUUUAAGCUUCUUCUGUUGUUACGGCGUGAUGUUAGUUUGACUUUUGCUUCCAGAAGUAGUGAAGGACUUAAGUGAAAUUGUGAUAUCGUUUUGAAGAGCUGUGUGCUUGUGUUUCUAUUUACAAUAUUUGGCUUUAUAAUAUAGCUCCAAUACAGUGGCGUACGGUUU